AUGAAGUACAUCAUCGACAUCGGCGGCGUAACCAAUGGAGGGAAAACCACCCUCACCAAUCACCUGAUCAAGAACCUGCCCAACUGGUGCGUGAUCCAUCAGGAUGACUUCUUCAAGUCCCAAGAUCAGAUUGAAGUUGGUGAAGGUGGCUUUAAGCAGUAUGAUGUCAUCACUGCUCUGGACAUGGACGCCAUGAUGAGUAGGACCUACGCGUGGCUGGAGAACCCGGUGAAGUUUGAGAAGUCUCAUUGUGUUAAUAACACCCUGGACACAGAGAUCGUCCCAAAGUCCAACCACAAAGAGGAGGAGACUCACAUCCUCAUUGUGGAGGGCUUCCUGCUUCACACCUGCAGGCCUUUGAUGGAUGUGCUAAACCAACGCUACUUUAUUUCCAUCCCAUAUGAAGAAUGCAAAAAGAGGAAGUGCUCUAGGAAGUCCACGGUGCCAGACCCCCCUGGUCUGUUUGAUGGCCACGUCUGGACCAUGGACCUGGAACACAAGAACAUCUGCUCACUGUGAAAGAUUAUUGAGAGCAGCUUUUUGUGAUUUCUAUGCAGAACACUAUGUUUGCUGAGCUGUGAACUAUUAAACAAUUUAAGAAUAUGGAGUAUUGCUACUGUUUAUUAUUGUUCUCAGGUUUAUUGUUAAAUGUUUAGAGUGCUUCUUACUGUAUUUUAAAAUUUACAUUACUGCACAGAGCAUUUCAGAUUAUUUUACCACAGAUCAAGGGUACAGAUUGUUGUUCACUGUGUAUUGGGUAGUACUCAUUUUGAUUUAGACUGAUUAGUAUACAGAACCCACUGAUGUUUCUGGUUUACAGCUGAGAACUCGUUGCUAAAAGAACAGAAUAUUAUUUCUUAUUUUAGGUGUGAUAAUUGUCAGUAAACAUUCCAAGAAGUGGAAAUUAACAGGGUUGUAUAUAGUGCUGUUCUUGCACAAUAUUUGUCACUUAAUUGUCCUCAGGAUUCUGUCGUUGAGCUUCCUAGUUUUACAUAACAGACAGAUGCUGCAGCUGAUGAUGCUGUAAUUCACAUAAACAAGGAAACAAGUCCAUCAUAACUUGAAUGUUAACAGUCUAAAAUGAAAAGGUCAUAUCGAGCUUUCCUAUUGGGUUAAAGAGUCAAUAAAAACAUGAAAAAUACUUCUUAAAAGUGAGAGGUCGGUGUUCCAGCAAUAUGGUGGCAUAUAUGUAGGAAUACAAAAGUUCUACGUUUGAGAAAAAAGCAGCACCAAAGACAGCUAUCUAAAGAUAGAGAGAAGUGAGAAUAUUUUAAAUAUAGCAUCCACUUUAACUGAUUUUGAUCUUACUUGGCUAAAAUGCUUUGCAGUUGACCCAAUGUCACAGAUUAGCUUCCCUCCCAACUGUCCUUUCUACUUCUUGAAAUCUGUAUAAGUCCUUCAUAAAACUCCAUUUCAAAAGGAACCAAACUAACCCAUUUAAGUACAUUACCAACAAGCACUUCAAGGGCACUCAUUGAAAUACUUUAAAAUUCAAACAAAAUUUCAUCCCUGGAGUGUUAUUGGAAGACAUGAGUUUUUCUUUUUCUUUACUUUGUGACAUUUUUCAUGUUGGAAUUCAAGGUCAAAGAAGUUACUAUAUGUGG